AUGGAACACCUACCACCAGUCACAAAGGCAUACGAACCCAUCUCUGUCCCGUUCAUUGGAGAGACCGAGUAUGACGGACUGGAAUUUGCUUCUUAUCCUACCCGAAGAGGUUUCGACCUUGAUCGCUUGCUCCAAGGCGAUCUUCAAGGCCGCUCGACCGAAGCAGUUGCAUCUUUCCUUCAAGAUUGGUUGUACUUUGGAUUCAUGCACGAGUUGCUCGGUAUAGAAAUACAGAGGGGAGACUUUGUACGCACUGAUGAUGCAGGGCGAGAGUGGAUCACGGCGCAGAAGCUUCCUGGCCUCCUGUAUCUUGUUCGCCAGCAAAUCGAGAUUGAAAAGGCGCUUCCUUACUACACUGCGGAAUUUAUCAAGAAACGAAAUCAGAGGGUUGCUGAUUGUCUCAGUCUUGAAUAUCAUGUCUGGGAGCAAUUGUCUAGACUACCUGCCAAUCCUCUACCGCCAGAAGUCUCAUUGAGCAUUCAAUUCCUUGCAAUCACUUUGCAAGUAGGCGUAACUCAGCUAUUGAUGAGUAAAUCGGCGGGCCAGCUUGCGUAUAGAAAUGAUAUACCGUGGGAGAGAGGCUUGCACUUCCGGAUCACACGUAGUCCUUUCCUUACUGAUCGUAUGGUCAAGCAAGGCUGGUGCCCCAUUGUUAUUGAGCAGAUUCGUUCUCACAGCAAUGUCGUUGGCCAGUAUUACGCCAGCUUGCUUGGUCCUCCGUUGAGAAAGUUGGACCAUAGUUGUUGUAGCAAAGAUGAUAAGGACUGUCAGGGUAUUGCACAACUUAGGUCGUUGAAGCUCGGCCAUGAGACAGAAAAUUGCCAAUGCCAAAUUUUGACUGUGGAUCACACAAAACUGCAUGCCAUUAUUAAUGAACAUGAAAUACCUAUCUUGCGAUUAGUGGAAGAAAACGGAGUCCCUACUUUAGAUGUCAUCUCAUCAUCGUCUGAGCCAGGGUUGGAGUAUACAGCCAUGUCUCAUGUAUGGACUGAUGGGUGGGGUAAUCCUGACUCGAACUCUCUGCCACUUUGUCGUGUGCAAAAGCUCGUUGCUUCCAUUGCAGCCAGCUACGAAAUGCCAGACUUUAAGCUGAAAUUUCCCGAUCCUGAGAACGUCAAGUGGUAUAGAUAUGCAAAGAAUGACAAUCGAGUAUUUUUCUGGAUGGACACACUUUGCGUGCCUCGUAGUCCAGUACAUAUCUACGCUAGAGCAAUACUUCAAAUGCGCGACGUCUACGCAAACGCAGAAAGAGUCCUGGUCUUCGACGCCGAACUCAUGGCCGCCAUAGCCGAAGCAACGUACGAAGAGCUCAACAUGCGGAUCCGCUGCUCACGCUGGAUCCGCCGUCUCUGGACGCUCCAAGAAGCCGUUUUAGGAAAAAGGUUGAUCUUCCAAUUCAAAGAGCGUUGCCGCAUGCUCGAGACUUCGUCGCUGAAUUGGAUGGCACGAAGGAACGACCUUGGUUUGAAUUACUUCAAUACCGUGGGCUGGGACUGCGAUACGACGUUCCAUCUGUAUGGUAAUAUGCAAGGCGUCGACUUGAUUGAUUACCUGUGGAAACUGUUGAUCAGCGAUCGUGCUGUAACGGUGGAGUCUGACGAGCCGAUCUGCGGAGCCAUUCUGAUGAAUUUCGACAUGAAGGCAUUAAUGGAGGCUCCAAUUCCUGACCGGAUGAAGAUCUUCUGGAAAUUACACAAAGACCAAAUGCCAAUCUCGAUCCUGUUCGUACCUGGAUCCCGACUCCGACAGAAGGGAUAUCGAUGGGCUCCUUCAUCGCUCCUCCCGUGCCAGAAGGUUGGGAUACGAAUGAAUGAAAGAGGAACUGUCACCGAUGAAGGAUUUCGCAUCAAACUUCCAGCGUAUUCUUGUUUUACCAUCACGCCCCUUCUGAACAAGAUCACCGCGGCGGUUGUCCAGUUCCUUCUGGAUGGGAACAAAUACUACAUUAAGAAAAGCCCGGUCAGAAGCAACCCUCCUUGGGAAGGUUUGGAGCUUCACUCGAGAGCCAACUUGGCUCUCGUUAUUGAAGUCGUUCUCAGAGUCACUUGA